AUGGGAAGUUACAAGAGUUGGGUUGCUUGGGCAACUGUGAGUUGCCUCGUUCUUUCUGUAUCUAGCCUCAAUGGAGGUGGAUACGGUGGCGGCGGAGGAGGAUAUGGUGGUGGAGGCCACGGUGGCGGUGGAGGAGGAUAUGGCGGUGGAGGUGGUGGCGGCUAUGGUGGAGGAGGUGGAAAAGGAGGCGGAGGAGGUGACACUGUUUUUGUUGCCGUACCUAUUCAAUCUAUAAGUGGCGGACAUGGAGGAGGUGCCGGAGGCUUUGGUGGCAGUGGAGGAUACGGCAGUGGAGGAUACGGUGGUGGUGGAAAGGGAGGAUUCGGAGGAGGUGGAGGAGGUGGUGGAGGAAAAGGAGGAUUCGGAGGAGGUGGAGGAGGAUACGGUGGCGGAGGAUACGGAGGAGGUGGAGGAGGAUACGGUGGCGGAGGACACGGAGGAGGUGGAGGAGGAUACGGUGGAGGAGGACACGGAGGAGGAUUUGGUGGAGGCUAUGGAGGUGGCAGCGGUGGUGGAAAAGGAGGUAGCGGAGGAGUAGCUAUCGUCGGCAUCAGUUUGUCUCAACUUGGAGGAGGAGGAGGAGGCGGCCACGGAGGUGGUGGUGGAGGAUAUGGAGGAGGAGGAUUUGGAGCUGGUAGUGGAGGAGGAUACGGAGGUGGUAAAGGAUCCGGUAGUGGUUAUGGAGGAGGAUCUGGAGGUGGUUAUGGCGGAGGAUCAGGAAGUGGUUAUGGAGGAGGGUCUGGAUUUGGAAAAGGAAGUGGCAGUGGAUUUGGAGGAGGUUCUGGAUUUGGUAAAGGAGGGGGUGGAGGAUAUGGAGGAGGUGCCGGAGGAUAUGGAGGCGGUGCCGGAGGAUAUGGAGGCGGUGCUGGAGGAUACGGUGGUGGUGGAAAAGGAAGUGGAGGAUACUAUUGAAGAGACAGAUCUUAAAGGAGAAGCACUAACAGUGAACUCUUGUCACUUAAAAAAAUAUCCACUUCUGCAGUUGUCCACUACACAGCGCCCAGACAACUCUGUCUAUCUCAUGAAAUGUAAAAAUGCCAUUCGUUCAUG